AUGUAUAAAGAAACAUUUACCAUUACUUUAUCCGAAGUCUGUGAAAACCAUGUUGGUAUGCAAAAGAUUGGGGUUUUGGGUAAAGAUGGUUAUAGUUUGGAUGAUUUAAAUAAAGCAAAAAAAUAUUUCGAAGAUGAAAAAGGUUUAAAAACUGAAUUGUUUGAUUUAAAACAAAUUUGUUUAGUAGAUAGUAAUAAAGAUAAUAAUAGUAAUAACAAUAAUGUAGAUAAUAACGAGGAGGUUGAUGAAAAAGAUAAUACAAAUAUAAUAGAUUUGGAUGAAAUUAAUAAUGCAUAUAUAUUGGUGAUUAGAAAUGGGUUAUCAGCAUUCUGUGAUCCAAAUCUAUUUCACGAAGAACAAAAAAAACUAGAUAAAGAUAAAAAAGCACUAAUGUAUGGUAGGGUUGUGAAUAAAAAUGCAAGACAUAACUUAUGCUUCUCAAAUGUAUCGCAAGAACCAGAUUACGAGAAAGGAAAGGGUAGAAUUAUUGCAUUCAAGGAUGUGCCAUUGCUUGACUCGGUUCGUAAUGGUUUUGGAGAUAUUCUCGGUGAUAAAGGUAAAAAGUUGGUGGCUGAAGGAAACUAUUAUUUUGAUAAAACUUGUGGGAUUGGGUAUCAUGGUGAUGCUGAAAGAAAGAGAGUUAUAGCUAUUAGAACUGGUUGUAGAAUGAAUAUUUGCUAUCAAUGGUUUCAUGAUGGAGUUAAAAAGGGUAAAAGAUUUCAAGAGUUUUUAAAUCAUGGUGAUAUUUAUAUAAUGAGUGAAUUUGCAGUUGGUUGGAAUUGGAAGAAAAAGAAAAUAUAUACCCUUCGUCACGCAGCCGGGGCUUCAAAAUUCACUGUAAUUUAG